UCACCUACCUUCGGCUUCUUCCCCACUGCACCAUCUUCCCCACAUGCAUUCUCCGCUAUGCAGGGGAACCCGCGUGACUCGCACGCCAUGUACUCGGCGCUGGGCUCAGCCAUGGGCUUCCAAUCAAAUAGCCCGCGCAGCCAGAGUAACGGCGGAAGCUCAAACCCGUUAAUGAAGUUCUACAGAAAGUGA